AUGUUCAGGUUAUGGCGAGUCUGCUUUGUGUGUUCUCUGCUCAUUCAGUCUCAUUUUGCUGCUGUUUCUGGGAAAAGCGGAGCUGUACUUCGAAUGAGCAAAGGAGCCUUAAAUAAAGCUGUUUCAGGACAAAUGAAAGGAAGAAAUUCCCAGAAUAAUUUGCAAAAUCCUGCAGCAGCUGGUGGCGGUGAUCUUGUUGGAGGUCUGGUUGGAGGGUUGCUUGGUGGAGGAGGUGGUGGGGGUCUUCUGGGUGGCGUCCUAGGUGGCGGUGGAGGAGGAGGUCUGUUAGGUGGUGUACUAGGGGGUGGUGGAGGAGGUGGCCUCCUCGGUGGUGUCCUAGGGGGUGGUGGAGGAGGUGGCCUUCUCGGUGGUGUCCUAGGUGGUGGUGGUGGUGGUGGUGGCGGCGGUGGCGGAGGACUUCUUGGGGGCGUUCUUGGUGGGGGUGGUGGUGGAGGUGGUGCUGCUGGUGGUGCAGGAUUUGAUAAUAGUAACACAGGUCCUCAACCUAAUGGAGGUCUCCUUGGAAAUGGAGGAUUGUUGGGCGGCUUGCUUGGAGGAGGAGGUCUUCUUGGCAUUCUUGGAAAUGGAGGACUAUUAACCACAGUGCAGGGGAUUACUGGCUUACGGAUUAUUGAUCUUACACUCCCUAAAAUUUCGUUGCACCUGCUGCCGGGAAUUGGAGUCCAUCUUAACUUAUAUACCAAGGUGGCCAUUAACGGAAAAAGCCUCUUGGGGUUCCUUGAUAUCUUGGUGGAAGUCAACAUCACAGCCAGAACCCGGCUCACCCAGGAGGCAUCAGGGGUACCCAGGCUGGUGAUUGAGGACUGCCAUGCAUUGCUCGGUGGAAUCAAUAUUAGACUUUUAAGAGGUUUGUUGUCUGGAAUUUUGGAUGGGCUGGUCAGUAAUCUUCUUCGGAACAUUCUUCCUGGAUUGUUGUGCCCCGUCGUCAAUGUUGUGCUUGACUUGACCAAUGGACUUCUUCUUACUGUGAAUUCUAUGGUUCCACUUGGUUUAAUCGGUAGCAUUCAAUACACAGUGUCAAGCCUUCCUAUAGUGACCGGGCAAUUCAUCGAGUUGGAUUUAAAUACAGUGGUGGGUCAGUUAGGAGGGGGUCUCAUUGACUACCCACUUGGUAACUCCAAUGCCCCAGUCUCCAUGCCACCGAUGACAGAAGCCACAGAAUCCCAGCUUGGCCUCUCUUCCAACUUCCUUGGAUGCGUUUUAACUGCUCUUCAAAAAGAAGGUCUUAUGGAUAUAGAAAUCACCAAUGGAGAUGUACCUGGAAUUCCACCGCUUACAACAACAGUCCUUGGCAGUAUCAUUCCAAAGGUUUCUCUCAUGUAUAAAGACGCCAGACCGCUGAUCCUCAGGGCUAAGGUUCCCUCGGCUCCUGUUGUCAAGCUGCAGAAAAAUCGAGGACUUGUAACCUUAUUUGUUAAAACAGAAAUCUAUGCCUCCAAUCCAGACUCAACACUCACGUCUCUCUGUGUCCUUGGGGUGGAUGUCCGGUUAAGCGCUCACUUCACUGUCGGCGGCGACAAGCUGAUGAUAGCAUUAUCUCUUGAAAGCACUCACGCCUCGUUAUUGUCUUCAUCGGUCGGACGCUUUGAAGUUUCAGCACUAGAGGGAUUAGUUGGAAACCUCAUGAGCUUGGCCCUCUUGCCGGCAAUCAACACCGUAGUAGGACAAGGAAUUCCUCUUCCGAAGCUGAUGAAUAUAGACUUUAAUGAUGCCGACAUCGACAUUCUGGAUGAUCUUGUGGUGCUAUCUACACCAACCUAA